AGCCAGACCCUUGAAAAGUCUUCAGAUACGAGGACAAGUGAAGCUCCUGGAGCAGCGGCACCACAGGAUGGAGAAGUGGUGCCACGGACCAGCAGCGGACUAGCUUCGGGAAUUGGUUCCUACUACAGGCCGGAUCUCCUCCUACAGGAGUCGUCAGAGGAUGACGAGGUGGAAGUGCAGCAGGCUGCAGUUGCUACAUCCCUGUCUGCCCAAAUGCAAGUGGUGGCAGACGUCCAGGAAGGGCAGAAUCCCUCAACUGUUCAGAGGGUUCACACCCUGGCAUCGGAGAUUACUUCCCGCCAGGAUACGUACACAAAUGUCGUUGGAAGCAGACUGGACAACAUUGAGAGGACAAUGGAGAAGAUGUCAAACAGUCUGCUUGAAAUGCAGAAGGCUCUUGCCGACAGCACGGCCACAAUGCUACAGGUCAGAAUGGAAGAUCAUAGGGAGACUAUGGACGUCCUUCACAUUCUGGCCGAAUCCAUGAGCCGGCUCGUGGAGAACACAACAUGUCUGGCACACAGCAAUACCAACAUGUCGGAGAGCCAUCGACAAUCCUCAUCCAGCCAACAGCUCAUCGCAACAACACUGCAGAUGAUCUAUGACAAGCUCCCAGAACCAGCUCAUCAACACGCUGGUGAUCCACCAUUUCCGCCGUCACAAGCCACAAGGACGCCUCGUACCCUUCCACAACUACCAUCCCAGUACAGACAGUCACAGAUGUACCAGGGAUAUACAGGGAUGUACCCCACCCACCAGAUGCCUCCACCACCGGCCGCCACAUCUACAGCCGCAUGGGCACAUAGGCCCAGUCAACGCACUAUUCAGCCUCCCAGGACAUCGACACCCCACCAGGAGGAACACCAGGAUCCGGACAGACUUCCACCAUAAGCCCGGUCGUAUUGUUUUAUUUACUUAUAUGUUUUUCAUGUAUCCCUUUCUUCCC